AUGAAAUUUCUUGCUAUUUUUCUGGUUAUUCUCUCCGUUUUCAACAUGAUGAUGGUGGAGGCCAAUGAGAGCACCCAGAAACCUCGCCAACCACUGAACAGAAGACGUCGUCCACAGAAUUUCCGUGCUGAUGAAGGGGCGUGGCCGAACAAUGAAGGUCCAAUAAUUUGGGUUGGAUCCCCACCUCGAACUGUGAAUGGAAAACUGAUUCCUGGCUCCACUCGACUGAUCACUCAGAAGCCACAGCAACGACGCCUCAUGGGGUAUUAA